AUGCUCAGUAGCACUAUAUCUGCUUGGCUAAAGAAUCUCGGGGAGAUUUAUAGCUGGCUUCAGUCGAUGUUUACACACCGUAUACGCUAUAGAGGUAGAAAGAUGUUGAACAAUAGUAAUACGGUUAGCGAAGCUCAGCAAAAUUUGAUUAUGAAAUAUACAGAUUCUCGUACAUUCCUUAAUCAUUAUCUUCCGCGACAUGUUGACACGGAUAUGCAAAAUGUAAUAAACGGCCGACAAUCUAAUAAAUCCCUUAUGUGUGUAAUUACCCGUAUAAGUAGAUGGAUUGACACCAGACGGCCUCGACACCUGACUCCUAAGCAACAAGCGUCGAUCCAUAAAUAUCUAGAGUAUGUCGAAGCAGUCCGAGCGGCUAUCGAUAACGAGGAAGCAAAAAACGUAUUGCGAACAGACAGUAUACUGCCAGAGCAGAUAGAUCUUCUCGAGAAGUUGCAGAAUAGCAGAGACGAAAUACUGCAGUUGCUGCCAUCUUGCAAUAUUGCUGUUAUCUUAAAGGCGGGCCUUUGUAUAGAUAACGUAAACGGCCGGCUCUAA